AUGAAGGCAGAUGGCAGGGACGCUCCUUCCGUUGAUCAGCUCGAGAAUGCUCAGCCUGCUCCUAUAAUUAUACCGGCAGAAGUCGUGGACAAAAUUCAUAAUGGUGAUGAUGCACUGCAAUUCCUUCAGCAGGGUCAUGAACCCUACUCAAAGGAGGAAGAGAGACGCGUUCUACGCAAGGUUGACAUUCGAAUGCUCACUCUGAUGCUCAUUGUUAACGGAUUUCAAUUCACCAUGUCAUAUGCUGGAACCUAUGGUUUGACCACCGAAGCUCAUUUGGUGGGACAGCAAUACAGCUUGCUCACCACAAUCUUCUAUAUUGGAUAUUUGGCUGCCCAAUGGCCGGCCAACUGGCUGAUGCAGAGACUACCAAUUGCGAAGGUUUUGACCGUCACAUUUGUGCUUUGGGGUGCUACUUUGACAGCCACGGGAGCAUGUACAACAUUUCGCUCCCUAGCAGCCCUCCGACUUCUCCUCGGCAUAUUUGAGUCGGCCCUGAAUCCUGGCUUUGUCCUAAUCACAUCCUCUUGGUGGAAGCGUGAGGAACAGCCCUUCCGUGUUGGAUUAUGGUACAGUGCCAAUGGCUUCAUCGGGGCGCCUUCAGGCGCAAUUUUCUAUGCCAUUGCACAUCUCCAUGCGCGUAACCUCUUUGCGUAUCAAUGGAUGUUCAUAAUCUUCGGAGCUGUGACAUUCUGCUUUGGCAUCUCCCUCUGGUGGUUCCUACCCGACUCCCCAAUGACAGCGCGCUUCCUGACGGAGCGGGAACGAUUCAUUGUAGUGGACCGUCUUAAGAGCAACAAGACUGGUGUGAAAAACAGCAAUGUAAAGACGGCGCAGUUCAAAGAGACCUUAUUCGAUAUCCGUAUCUGGAUGCUCAUCAUUGCAAUCUUCUGCCACAACAUGACCAACAGUCUUCAGACCACGUUCAUGGGAAUCAUCAUUAAAGGCUUCGGAUACAGUACCUAUGAGGCUGUGCUGUUGAACAUUCCUCCUGGUAUUAUUAUGGCCGUCAGCAUGGUUAUCGUCAGUUCAUUCCUAUCCACAAGAUGGGGCAAGGAUAAGAGAAUCUUCUGCAUUAUUCUCUGCUACAUGCCUGGUAUCAUCUCCUCGGUCAUUCUCUACGUCAGUCCAAUUAAGGAUUCGACAAAGCACUUGCAUCUCUUUGCUAUCUUCAUUGUGCCCAUUGUCGCCGUUGCAUCGGGUAUCAUGUACUCGCUGCUUGCGAGUAACGUGGCUGGUUAUUCGAAGAAGGUUCUGGCUGGUGCCAUGUUCUUCUCUUCUAACUGUAUUGCCAAUAUUAUCUCACCACAGACGUUUAUCACUGCCGAGGCGCCCAAAUAUACCACUGGAAUAGUCACUUCACUGUGCAUGUUCGCAAUAAAUAUUGUGCUUUUCUCCAUUCUAUACCUCAUCUACACUCGUGAAAAUAAAAAGCGAGAAUCUCAAGAUGAGGGCGAGAUGACUGAAGAGAUGGAGCUGGCCAAUGCUUUUGCGGAUUUGACGGACCGACAGAACAUCUCGUUCAGGUAUACUCUUUAG